GCCAAGGCAUGCAUACCGCCUGAAUUGCUUGACUCUUUCGUACCCCGUUGCAAGCGUUGCAAACCUGCAAGCGCAAAUAUGACCGACGUAGGCGCGCGCGCACGCGCUGCAUUGCUAGGCGCUCUCGUGGCGGAUGCGGCAACAGCACCACUGCAUUGGAUCUACAAUGCGGCGAAGCUCAAGGAGGUGCUGACGACCAACGGCGACCGCACCGCGGACCCGGAGUUCUUUGACCCGCCCUCGUGCCCCUUCUACACCAACACCGUGGGCGCUCUGUCGCCUUACGGGCAGGAGCUGAUUCCCCUGGUCAAGUUUAUGGGGAACACCGGCGGCUGCGAGCCGCAGGCUUGGUCGAAGUACCUUGCCGCCCACUACGCCGCCGAGGACCCGCCGCUGGUGUACAUCAACCACAGCGCCAAGGUGAUGCGGGACGCCGUGGCGGAGGGCAAGACCUGGCCCGAGUGCGGAGACGCGCUGGACACGCAGGCCAACUGCUUCGUCAAGGUGCCGGCGGUGGUGGCGCUGCUGGGCACCGGCGCCAGCGCCGCCGCCGACCCCGCCGCCGCGGAGGCGCUCCGCACGGGCGUGGAGGCGGCGGUGCGCGCGCAGCAGAACAACGACACGGCGGCGGAGCUGGGCUGGGCGGCGGCGCGCGUGCUGGAGCGCGUGAUCACCUCGUCGGACGGUGUUGAGGCGGCCAUCCGCUGGGCGCUGGGCCCCGAGGGCGGCGUGGGCGGCAAGGCGGCGGAGGUGCUGGCCGAGGUGCUGGCCAAGAAGGACGCGCCGCCGAGGAGCCUGAUGUACCUGGACGGCCCCGACGUCAAGUUCGGCCCCUGGGGCGCGGGCUGCGGCAACCCCGGCUGCCUCAAGGCCGCGCUGCUGGUCGCCAUCCAGGCCAAGGACUACGUGGACGCGGUGCGCACCAACAUGCUGCUGGGCGGCGACAACUGCAGCCGCAGCGUGCUGAUCGGCGCGCUGAUGGCGGCUCAGGAGGGCUCGGCCGCCAUCCCCGCCGCCUGGUCGGCCCGCACCGCCGACUACGGCACCCUGGAGGCGGCGGUGGACAAGCUGGUGGCGGCCAGGCUGCUCGGCAACGGUCUGGCUGUGGCCGGUGCCGCCGCUGCGGGCGCGCUGGGCGCCGCCGCCGCCGUGGCCGGCGGCGCCGUCGCCGCCGCCACCGACAAGGCCGGCGCGGCGCAGGCGGCUGCCACGGCGGCGGCCUCCCAGGUGGCAGAGGCGGCGACGGGCGCGGCAGCCAGCGCGCAGUCGGCUGCGGCGGCGGCCGUGGCGGCGGCGGGUGACAAGGCUGCGGCGGCGCAGGAGGCGGCGACUGCGGCGGCCGGCCAGGCGGCUGCUGUCGCCAACAACGCUGCGACUGCGGCAUCCAAGGCGGCCGAGUCGGCUGCCGCGUCUGCCGCGCAGGCGCAGGCCACCGCCGCCUCGGCGGUGUCGGCGGUGCAGGACAAGGCCGCGACGGUGGCGGCCGACGCCCAGGCCGCCGCGGCCAAGGCACAGGAUGCGGCGGCCGGCGCGGCCGCGGCCGCGACGGAGAAGGCGGCGGAGGCGCAGAAGGCGGCGGAGGGCGCUGUGACGGCUGCCCAGGCAAAGGCGGCCGAGGCGCAGGCGGCGGCCGCGGGUGCUGCGGAGCAGGCGCAGGCGGCGGCUGCCAACGCGCAGCAAGCGGCCGCGGACGCCGCUGGCAAGGCGCAGGAGGCGGCCACUGGCGCGGCGGCCAAGGCGCAGGAGGCGGCCGAGGGCGCUGCUGCGGCUGCGCAGGCCAAGGCGGCGGAGGCGCAGAAGGCGGCGAGCGCUGCCGCGGAGCAGGCGCAGGCCGCGGCUGUUGGGGCGCAGCAAGCGGCCGUGGAGAAGGCGGCGGAGGCGCAGAAGGCCGCGGAGGGCGCCGCGGCUGCCGCGCAGGCGAAGGCGGGCGAGGUGCAGGCGGCUGCGGCGGGCGCGGCGGAGCAGGCCCAGGCGCAGGCGUCGGCAGCCGCCGCUGAGGCGCAGAAGGCGGCUGCGCAGGCGCAGGAGGCAGCGGCGGGCGCGGCUACCCAGGCCAAGGCGGCCGCGGAUGGCGCGGUGGCCAACGCCCAGGGCGCGGUCACCUCGUUUGCCACCAAGGCCGAGGACACCGCGGCGGCGGCGCAGGCGCAGGCGGCGGCGGCGGCGGAGAGCGCCCGCGGGCAGGCGGAGGCUGCGGCGGCGCAGGCUCAGAACACCGCAGCAGCGGCGGUGGGCAAUGUGCAGACGGCGGCGGCGGACGCCGCGGCGAAGGCGCAGGACGCGGCCGGUGCCGCCACCAAGCAGGCGCAGGAGACCGCGACGCAGGCGGAGGAGGCGGCGAAGGCGGCCGCCGCGCAGGCGACGGCGGCGGCGGCGGGCGCUCAGGAGGCGGCCAGCGCGGCGGCGGGCCAGGCCACUGCGACCGCCACUGACGCGAUGACCAAGGCGAAGGCGGCGGCGGCGGCGAGCCUGGGGCAAGCCCAGGACGCCGCGGCGCAGGCGCAGAACACCGCGGCGGCGGCGGUGGGUAACGCGCAGACGGCUGCCGGCGACGCGGCGGGCAAGGCGCAGGAGACGGCGGCGGCGGCCGCAGGCCAGGCGCAGGCGGCGGCGGCAGACGCCGCGGCCAAGGCGCAGGGGGCUGCCACGGCCGCGACCGAGCAGGCGAAGGACGCCGCCGCCGCGGCGCAGCAGCAGGCGGCUGCGGCGGCGGAUGCCGCCAAGGGCGCCGCGGCGUCGGCGGUGGGCCAGGCGACCGCGCAGGCGACGGCGGCGGUGGACCAGGCGAAGGCGGCGGCGGCCAGCGCCCAGGGCGCCCUGGCGGCGGCCACUGGUCAGGCGCGUGACGCUGCGGCGGGCGCGGCGGCGCAGGCGCAGACGGCGGCGGCGGGUCUGAUGGGGUCGCUCAAUGCGGCGGCGGGCAAGGCCUCGGAGGCGGCGACGGGGGCGCUGUCGGAGAUCGCGGCGGUUGACGGCGAGGGCGGCGCCGCCAAGGCGGAUGACGUGGCGGUGCAGGUUGGCGCGACCGCGGCCGGCGCGGCGGGCGCCAAGCCGCCGGCGGGCGUGCCCAAGAAGGAGGGCGCCAAGGAGCCCGCCUGCUGCAUCGUGAUGUAGGCGGUGUGGGCAGCGGGGCGGGGGUGGCGGCGUGAGCUGAGAUGACGUGGAAAGGCAGGGGCUGGGGGCAUGGUGUGCGCGGCGCGGCGACUGUGAGAAACAUGGUAACAUCGAAUGCUAUGGGUGGGGGCGAAGAAUGCGCUAGUGCCACACCGGUACAGUAAGGUGGUGUGCGGCAACGGCUUCGGUGGUGUGCGGCAAGGGCUUGGGUAAUGUGCGGCAAGGGCUUGGGUGGUGUGCGGCAAGGGCUUUGAAGCCCGCAGCGCGGGGAGAUUCGUGAGAGGCUAGACCGCGGACUGGGGGGGCCUACGUUAUGAAACGGCAGGCUGAAAGAGAUGGCGGCCGGUGAAGGCGGCUGAGUAUUACCUUUUGUCUGGUCACUUCAAAUGACUCGAGUGGCAAGCGCGACCGGCCGGGUUGAGAGAGUGUCGGAAACCCCCCACACCGUGGCGGUUUAUGCGAAGAAACCUGCAACACUGUACCCAGUGGGAGACACUCAAUACGUAUAUGAAUGCAUAAGUCGGAGGGACGACGGCCGAGCAUGUGACGCGUGUUGCUGCGCGCUACCGUCGUGGCUGACGGCAGCUGUGGAUCUUUAGAUACGGCCCACUCGGCAAGGCCUGCCGUCGCAGUGCCUCGGCACCUAAUUAAGGUGAGACUUCAGUGCUAACAACAGUGA